AUGACUGCUGUGCCUUCCAAGAGUGCACUCAGAGCUCUUAGAAACCUCGCACUCGGAACUUCUUUCUCAUUGGCAUUUGCCCUAGGCAUCACACUCGAGGAGCGACGACGGCUCAUUCACACUGCUCAAAGGAUACAAAAAAAUACACAGAAAAUUAGAUCGAUAAAGCGAUAUACCACCUCUGGUAUUAAUGUUAUCAAGGCUUUUGAAGAAAGGAUUUUAAAUCAUCAAACCGAAUUUUCUGAUGACUCAAAUCAGCCGGAACUUACUGAAAUCGAGACGGAUCUGCCAGCCAAUGGAUCACAAAAAGAGGCUGUUAGUCGUGGGCUACACCUUUUUUCUCCCGUACGAAAUGAAUACUCAAAGCCAUAUAGAACCACAAUGAAGAUUUAUAGUACAGGGCUUAAUCUAAAAAAGCCUUGGAAAACAUAUCCUGACACUCUUGGGCCAGCCAGCGCAAAUGAUGAGAAAAAUUCCCCAUGUCAAGCGCUUGCGGAGACAAAGGUCCUAUCGCUUAUCAACUUAAACCCUCCUCAGCUAGAUACUGCAGAAGUUUAUUUUGUUGACAUGUUUUCAGAGUACCUGAAAAAUAGGACCCUGCACCCCAAGAAUAUGAUGUAUAGAAUUUUUGAUCUAGCGCUCAUCUUAUUCAGGGCAUAUAAGAGAGAAAACAUGGUUGAGUGCUCUCUUAGAGUGUUUAGUUUUGUUAUAAAGCAGAGUAUAGAAGCUGAAAUUAUUCCAUCAUUUCAGGCGGAAAUAAUCAUACAAAGGUUAUUAAAGCAGGAAUCCCAUGUUAAUAUGCAGAAUGCUGUUUGUGUGUACCUUUCUACAGUGGAUAGAGCUUCCGAAUGUUCCACACCUCAGUUACUAUCAUUAGGCCACAUAUUAUGUAGAAAAUCUUACGCUAAUAAAGAGUAUCAAUCCUCAUGCGAGAUAUUCAAUCGAUUAAAAUUACAUAGUCACGAAUUUCCAGUCCAGUCUCUCGAUGUAUAUCUGAUGGCUGUCUUAAACCAAAGUGGAAAUAAUCCAGAAGUUUUUGAUUAUUUCCUAAGGUUUUGCAAUCAAGAUAUUCAUCCUGGAGUACAACGCACGAAACAUCUUUUUAGAGAAGUUUUUAACUACCUACUAAUCAAUCAGAGAUUAAACGAGGCAGAAGAGGCUAUAAAGAGAUUUUCUAUUUUGUCGAAAAAAUCUCGGCAAUUUAGAGCCGUUUCCAUUUCUUGCCGGAGCUUAUUGGAAAAAGACUGGGAAAUUUUUCAUGAUCUUGACAGGACUACUCGCUUGUUCUAUCGCAUCGAAGAAUAUAUUGCAUGCAAUAGUUUUCCUUGGGUAUCUUGUGAAGUGAUGAUCAGAAUCUGCCUGGAAGUCGAAGAAAUAACGCUCGCUAAGUCAUUUUACGAAAGGUCACUCCAGAGGUAUGGGAAAAAACUGGAAUCUUUAUACGCUCAAAUCACUUUAUUGAAGGCACAGAAAAAUGAUUGGUUGGGAGUACGAGACGAUUUUAAGAAAAUAGAGGUGAAAAGUAUAGCCGACGCAUAUAGCAAUUUUUUUCCAACAAUCUUAAAACUUUUUUCAAGCAGUAAUUCUACUGCUUCAACGAAAGAUUUCAUCCAACUCGCCCUUUGCAUGGGUGUAAGGCUGAAUACUAACGCCAUGAAUAAAAUCGCUGAAAUAUUUAUCAUGGACAAGGAGUAUGAAGCUGUUAUCCGCCUGUUGAAAUACAUGACUGAAAGAGGCCAUGCUAUUAAUUCUAUUUUUAUGGAUGUUAUGCUAAGACAAUUGUAUAAGACCUCAAGGUUCACUAUUGAUCAUCUUCUUCAACUCCUAGAGUCGAUAGCGAAACUAGAUAGACCAGGAAGGUUAAUUGAUAUUGAAACUUUCAUGUAUUUUCGUCGUAUUAUACUUUCCUCAGGAAGAGCACCGGAAUCCUGGAGGUACAAAUCACUCGAAAAAUUAAAUCAGAUAUUCAGACCGCACGAAUUAGAGCCAAGAGACCCUUUUCAUCCAAAGCGCAUACUAGGAGAAAUGGUUCUGGCAUUGAAGAUGAAUGACCCAAGGGAAACUGUAGCGAUUUAUAAUUGUGCACGAUCAAACAAUGUGCAGCUUGGCUUCGACCAUCUAAAUGUUGCAGUGGAGGCGAGCUUUCGAUAUAGCGAAGGAAACGUUGAGGAGAGUAUGAGGAUGAUACACAGUUCAGGCCUACCUGAGUCACAAACUUCGCCAUCUGUUGCCCUACUCUAUGUGCACCAACUUCAGCAAAUAGCUGAAUCAGGCAAUAAAAAUGCCAGGGAACUAAUUGAGAUGACGAUGCAGUUUGUAUCUGCUUUCGAGAAACGUGGCCUAAAAGUUCCUCUCCAAGUUGUAACUCAGACUGUAAGCAGUCUCGAGAAAAUCAAAGAAUACUCAGCCGUUAGCGAUUUCUGGGAUUUGGUUUCUAAGCGCAUGGAUCUCACACAAUCAGGCCUUACUCUAGAAACUUUGACAGUCUUUCUGAACACUUGUAUCAGAUUACGGAGUACGCGAUUUUUUUGGCAGAUACUUCACUACAUGGCACUUAAUAGAAUCACACCAGAUCACCAUUUCCAUCUUCUACUUGGUAAUUCUAGAAGAAGAAUUGCGAAGAAUGUGGCUCAUCAAAGGGUAUCCCCGAAAGAUGCCCAAUUUUUAGAUACGCUUGUUGAGGGAAGCCAACAUGUUAAUAAACUUCGAUCACAGAAUCGUAUAGGGCGCAAUUUGUUAAAGGAAAAUCUUAUUCAGAAAAUAAAGAGUGAUUUUAGGAUUUUACCACAAACUAGUAAUGGAUCACAGACCAACCAAAAUUCCGAUCUAAAAGCUAGAUGUAAAGCCUAUUAA